AUGAGGGCGCAUGCGUUUCAAACAACUUUUUGGCGCGAAAUAUUGGCGCGAUUUUGGACAUCAAACUCAAUCAUGGAGUCGGCAUAUGCGAAGGUUUGCUGUAUUUGUUCGCGCAGCACGAAAUAUCGCUGUAUUUCUUGUCAAGUUUUUGUGUGCAAUAGAUGCUCUAUUGCAGAACUCGAUGAAACAAACGCCAGUUGGAUUCCUGGACAGCAAGUCGGGUAUUGUACUGAUUGUCAUGCCAUCAAUGACUAUGAACAACAAGAGGAGAGCAGUACUCCUAGUUCUAGGCCUGCUGGUGACCAAAAAACUGCGAGAAAGAUGUCAUUGUCAUCUCCAUGUGGGUCAGCAAGUGCAAGCAGACAUUCUACACCAUCUCCAUCAUCAUCUGCUGCAAACUUUCACAAAAGCGAAAGCCAACAUUAUGACUUUGAAGAUGAUGAAGACUCUGAGGAGGAUAAAUAUAUAGAUGAUUUACUGAACAAAUUCAAGCACAAAAAUGGAAAGAAGAACAAGAGUGGAAGGAAAGCUCAGUGGGAUGAUAGCCUUUUAUCUGACAUGAUAGACAUUGUUGUCAGUAGUGAAUACUACAAAAAGAAACUAAUAUUCACAAACACAAAGAAUCAAAAAAAUGGUGCCAUCUAUGGUAAUGUGCUGGAGGAGCUCAAAACACGUGCAAGUGCAAGAAACGAGACAGUUCCUUUCACAGCAGUGCAGCUACGCAAUAAAUUCAAAAAGGCUGUUGCAGAGUGUAAAAAAGCUGCAUUGACUAUCAAGUCUGCAACUGGCAUCAAAAGAUUCCAGGAUGAAAAGAAUUAUGGCCCUUGGUUCAACCAAUUGUUUGGGCUUGUCAAGACACGGGAUUCUUGCCAGCCAGAACAGGCCAUUGAGCCAUCUGCUGGUACUCCAUCGCCACAAGAUGACAGUCCUGAGAGCUCAGCAUCAGUGCAUUCAAAUGAGAAUAUGUAUGUGCCAAUAAAUCGAUCAGGCAAGAAAAGAAAGAAUGAUGAGGUCUUACAUGAGAUUCUUGGAGUUGUAAAGAAUAUGCUGGAAAAAGAUCCAAUGAAAGAUUAUGUACAGUUUGCAAGAGAAGAAGCAGCAGCUGCAAGACAGCAUGAGAUGCGAAUGAUGCAAAUGUUCAUGGCUAUGCAGCAGCCUCAACAAUUACAGCAACCACAGCAACAGCAACAACAACUGUACAACAUGCAUGCCACUAAUGCAGCAAGGUUGAACAGUAGUUUUUUUACAGACUAUUUUGAGAGAGAAGCACAAGAAGAUAAUCAUGCAAACUAUUGA